GUACAGACGGAUGUAAACAUGGCGCAGCAUGGAGGCACGGCCGCGGUCCUCGAGGCUGCGGAGCUGCUGAAACAGGGCGCAGAGGCUCGGCUGUACCGGACCCGGUUCCUGGGGAGGCCGGCCAUCGUGAAGCAGAGGUUCCCCAAACGCUACAGACACCCGCUGCUGGACGAGAAGCUGAGCCAGCGGCGCACGGCGCAGGAGGUCCGCUCCAUACUGCGCUGCCGGAGAGCAGGGAUCUCCGCCCCCGUGGUCUACUUCGUGGACCACACAUCUCACUGCAUCUUCCUGGAGGAGCUGGUGGGUUCCUCUACAGUGCGGGACUACAUAGGGUCCCACCGGGACCUGGAGCUGGACCGGCUGGCCGAGCGGGUGGGCCAGAUCCUGGCCCGAAUGCACGACGAGGACGUGAUCCACGGAGACCUGACCACCUCCAACAUGCUGCUGCGGCGCGGGACGGAGGACGGCAAGGUGGACCUGGUCCUCAUCGACUUCGGCCUGAGCUACAUCUCCGCCCUGCCGGAGGACAAGGGCGUGGAUCUGUACGUGCUGGAGAAGGCUUUCCUCAGCACCCACCCCAACACCGAGGCCCUGUUCCAGAAGCUGCUGGACAGCUACGCCCGCUCCUCCAACAAGUCCGCCGCCGUCCUCAAGAAGCUGGACGAGGUCCGGCUCAGAGGGAGGAAGAGGUCUAUGGUGGGCUGAGGACAGAUGUUCAGGAAGCACUUCUGGAAAAUGGCAACAGAGAAUUCAAAUGUGAAACAAUAAAUAUUUUAUAAUGAA